AUGCGUCUGCAGAAUAGAGAGGCAGAUGUGAAAAAUGUGCUGGCUGCAAAUGUUGGUCGAAUGCAUAUCACAAAUGAAUGCAGAAAUUGGUUUCAACGGGUCAAUGAAAAGAAAGACAAAAUCCAACAUCUGAAGACAAAGUACAGACGCAUCAACAAAUAUCUGUGUGGACUCUGUCCUUUCCCUUCUCUGCUAAGGCUUGGAAGAGAUGUAGUGAAGGAGACAAAAGAGUUAGUUUCCCUGAGAGAUCAAAUAAAGCUUGAGAACCCGAUAAUGACUGAGAAUGCACCGACACCACCUGAUAGAUUUAGAAAUAGGCAUGCCCAGAAAAUAGAUGAUCUUCCAUCACUUAAUAGGCAUGUAGAAAUUGUUCAAGACUUGCUGAAACAAGAUGAGUUUAAGAGAGUUUGCAUAUGGGGACCGCCUGGAGUUGGAAAAACAACAGUGAUGGAAAAUUUGCAUGAUAAAGUUGGUCAAACAAGUCAAUUUGAAGUUAUCUUUUGGGUUACUAUGGACAACACGGAAUGCGUGGAAAAGAUACGAAGGGUGCUUGAGGAUCAGUUAGGCCUACCGGUUGACGAAAAGUCCAGCACAGACAAAAGAAGAGCAAAGAUAUCUGAAGAGCUGAAGAACAAGAGCUAUCUAUUGUUUCUUGACCAAGUUUCUUCAAAGAUUAAUCUGAGGGAGGUUGGAAUUCAUGAUGACCAUAAUUGCGGAAAGGUUGUGUUCGCAUGUACUUCAAGAGACAACGGAAACUUCUGUGGACCGACAGAUGAGGAUAUCAAAAUAGAGAAGUUGUCAAAGGAGGAUGCCCAAAAGUUAUUUAACAGGAAAGUGAGUGCUGAUAUUAUGAAAAAGCAAGAAAUCAUUCGAUUAGCACCUUUAAUAGUCAAUGAGUGUGGUGGGAUGCCACACAUGAUCAACUUGAUAGCUCAAAAGUUAGCAAAAGUGAAUGAUCCAGCAAGGUGGCGAGAUACACUGUUAGAGUUGCAAGCCCCCACUGUGCUUGUUGUACUGGGCACUUUCCCUGUUGGUUAUGAAGUUCAUCGAGACUACAUAACUGAGUGUUGGAGAGCAGAACAGUUAAUUAGUUUUGCAAGGCUAGGGGAAACACGUGACAGAGGUCACACUGUCCUAGAUGAAUUUGUAAACGUUGGUCUUUUGGAUAGAGGAAUAAAGGCACGUCAUUACAAGAUGUUUGAGCAUUUUCAGCGUGUUGCACUACGUAUUGCGAAGUGUAAUGCAGGGAGUCACUGCAUAUUAGUGAAAGAAGGUGCAAAUAUUACAGAGGAACAAUGGACGUGUGCAGAAAGGGUCUCAUUGAUUCAACAUCAACUUUCUGCCCUACCUGAGCAACCUCAGUGUUCUGGAAUUCUGACAUUGUUACUCCAAGAAAACAAGAGCUUGACGCAAAUUCCUAAUGUUAGCAGUCACAACCACUUUCAAGGGAAUCCAGUGGUGGUCAUUCAUCCUGACACUGUUUCAAAGCUCAUUUCAUUAGAAGAACUAAGCAUUGGCAUUGACCACCAUAACACAGAAUGGAAUAAUAUUGUAGGUGCAAUUGUGGAGGAAUUAGUUGGGUUGGAAGAAUUAACGACUCUUUGUUUCUACUUUCCUGGUGAGGAUUGCUUAAGACCGUUCAUAUGCCAGAGUGUAUCAUGGAAUCGGGAGAACACACCGGGCAACAGUUUCAGAUCAUUCAACAUCAUCGUGGGUCAUCACCAAACUAACAAUCCUUCUGAAUUUGAUAUCUCAGAAUGCUCAACUGAAAAACAUUUGAGAUUCUCUGGAGCCGAUAGGUUGGGAGGACUGGAAAUUUGCAAGAUUGAAGAAUGCAAUGAAAUGGAAAGCAUCAUGAUGGGCUUGGUGAGCCCUGAAAGCCUAUCCAGGCUCACGAAACUGAUACUAAAAGAUUGUCCAAGUCUAGAAAAUCUAUUCUCAAAGGCACAUGGGAUUGUCCAACAACUUGUUCAGCUACAACAUUUGGAAGUUGAGCACUGUCUUGAGAUGAAAGAGAUAAUUGAAACUGGAAGUGAUGUAUCAGCGGCACUCCCUAAAUUGAAGACUAUAGAACUCCGGAACUUACCGAAACUGUGUACUAUUUGGAGCGAAGUCUCAUGGGAGUGGCCCUCUUUAGAGACAAUAGAGAUCAGGGAGUGUGUGAUGCUAAAGGAUUUACCAUCCACCAUGGCAAACGCGAUUAAAUUGAGAUGGAUCAGAUGCACCAGUGACUGGGAGAAUGAGUUGAACUGGCCAAGUGACCCUGCAAUUAAAGAUCGUUUUCAACGUAUGUUUGUUUCUGUUUAUCACCAAUGA